GUGUGUGUGUGUGUGUGUGCAUGUGAGUAUGUUUCUCUCCUCGUCUCUGUGUCUCUGCCCCCGCUGUCCUCUCGGUCCCUGAGACCCUCUAACCUGUGAAGACGUCCAGGGUCACAGGUGAGGUUCUUGGGAGCCAGGAGGCCGGCCCGUCAGCCGACAAGAACCAGGAUCCUCUGUACCCAUAAGCCUCUGACCUUGGCCGUUCGGAGGACCCCAACCUCCAGCCCUAACCCUCAGCUCCAGCCUCCCACUCUGGAACCUGCUGGGGGAUUAUUAGCAUACCUGUGUCCCUGACAGGUGUUUGAGUUGAAGGGUGCCUCAUCCUUGGGGAUGGGUGGGGUCUGAGCGGGCUCAGGAUGGCCAGGUCCUUGAGUGGCUGGGGAACGGACACUUGGGUCCCUCAGUGGUGCAGAUCCUGAGGGCCGCGUCCCCUCCCCCACAUUGCCUGAUGACCUCACAAAGGUCAUCUUCUACUGCCUUCCCUCUCUCCUCCCUCCCUACCCAGGCCAUGGCCCCAGCUGUGUCCCCACAGGCCAGCCAAAUGGUCCCUCUGGCCUUGGGCCUGGCCCUCAGGCUGGUGGUGAUGAGCCUCCCAGUGUCCUGGGGCUGCCUUCUCUGUUUCACCUCAGAGGCUGACCGGCAGCGUGUGUGCCGGCUCUUCACAAGCUGGAAGAGCCGCCAGGCUUCCCAGUGUGGGGCCCAGCUGAUGGAAGCCUUCCAGGGCCUGACCCACACCCAGAUAAAUUAUGCAGAGAGAACUCGACUGCACGAUGCCUUCACUCAGACCAUCUUCACCCUGGAGGAGAAGGCUGCAGCAAAAGAGUCCUACAAAGUGGCCUUCCCCGCGGCUGCCCGGAGCAUAGAAGAGGUCGUCAAGGAGCUGAGCAAAGCCCCCGCCUGCGUGCCACCCUGCGGGUUCCAGGAGAUGGCCCGACUCUUCUUCUGCAAUUCGUGCGCUGCCCAUGACUGUGACCUCCCGCUGGAGUGCCCGAUCCGGGACUUGCUGGUGCCAGUGGGAGGCCAGGCUGCCUUCUCGUGCUCCGUGUCUUUCUCCACUCCCUCGGAGCUGACCUAUACCUGGCUGUUUGCGGGGAAUAUCCGGACCAAGGACCUCUCCUACUUCCGCGUGAUGCCUAGAGCACAAGAUGAGUUUGCUCGGAUCCGGCCUGUUCGGCCCCCGCACCGCGGGACUUUCUCCUGCCUGCUUAGUUCCGACGAGCAACCCUUGGCCCGGUUGUUCUUCUUCCUAAAUGUGACUUCAGGGAAAGCGCAGAAUGAAACAGAACUGCAGACCUUGUUCCGGGCGGUGCUGAAGGCAAAAGGCUCCAAGGCCGACUGUCCAGAACCCUGGCAGCCAAGCUUUUCCACACUGCUGGCCCACCCCGGGGCCCUGACGCUGAGAAACCUGUGCCUGCUUGGGCUGGCAGCUGGCCUGGGCACCACGAGCUUCAUCGUGCUGGGGAUGUUGCUGUACCGCUAUUCGGAAGAAAGCCCUCUUCAUCCCCUAGCUUCCAUCACCCCAAUAAAGAUAUUUUUAGGCAGUCUACGUUCUAGGUCCAAAGUUACGGUGAGCCGGCCCAAGGAUAAGGCACCUACAACGUACUAGGGGAGAGGGAGGUCUGGAAUUCCCCCGUUAGAGUGUAAGCCCCCCGAGGGCAGAGACUGUUUUUUGCCUUAGUAUCCCUAGCCCUCAGCCCUGUACCUAGCACGUACUAGGAGGUUAAUAAAUACUGCUUGACUGAC